UCUCGCCCGACAAAAGUGACAUUUGAUCCUUUGACAUUCCUACAUUUGUUGGUGAGUGGCACAAGCAACUGUGAUUGAGAAUACUCGCCACAUAUUGUCAACUUCUAACUGCUUUAAUUAGAUUUUAAGACAUUUAUUAUACCCAAGUUGUUGUCAUCUAAUUAUUUUCCAGUUCCCAAUGGCUGCCUCCAAAGUUACCUUCAAGAUCACUCUAACCUCGGACCCCAAAUUACCCUUUAAAGUAUAGAAGGCGAAAAUGACAGUAGCUACCAAAAUCAUGCCAUGAAUGACGCGUCCACGGCAAACAUAAAACAAAUCAUAACAGCAUUCCAUAACAUCAUUUCGAUCUAUGAAAAUGACCAGUGGGUGAAAACUGUCACUUCUGAGGAUAUUAAAGUAGCCUUUAAAUUGGGCGCUUUUGUUGAAAAAGCGAUGUGUAAAUUUAGGGAGCAAAAUAGCGCAUCUCACUUUCUCAAAGGGGUUAAAACAUGGGAAAACUAUAAUACAAAAGUGGAUUAUGAAGAAGAAUUUUAUGCCAAAGUUUGUGAUCAUCUACUCCUGAAAUUUUUUAAACACAAAUUUGUGAAUGAGAACGUUAUAGAUGUUGCUGUGAGAAUGUACACAUCAUUGUUUCCAAAAGAGCGACUAGAAGUUGUAUUAAAAGAUCUUAUAAUGACUUCAGCUUGUUUUGAAGCAAUUUUUGACUUUACAGUUGCAAAUAAACCUAUUGUUAAUAUUGGCAGUGUUAAAUAUGAACUUGUUUUACAACAGUGGUCUAAAGACUUUGAAUGUGACAAUAAGAAAAUCGUGUCACUUGUUGCUGAUUGGUUAACUAGUUAUAAGGUUCAAACUUGUCUGCCCACUUUUAUGGGGAUUUUAGCUCUAAAUGUGAAAAACUCUGUAACUAAAGUAAUUUUAGAUGGUAUUCUGGAGAAAAUGUGGGAUAGAAGUAUUUUAAGCAAAAACUUUUGGCUUGCUAUGUUUAGAAAUGUUGAAAGUUGUUGUCUAUUACAAGUGUGUUGUAAUUAUAAAGAAUUUUUUGAGCCGUUGUGUAAUUUUUUAAUUUAUGUGGGUGGAAUGAUGGAACAAAAUAAUAAAAAUCAGUGGAUCAGUAAUUCAAGUACUAGUAUAUGUCCAGAAAUAAGUUACAACGAACUAGAAACAAUUUUCAAAUGUUUGUGUCAAUCUGAAAAUCUCGGUAUGAAGGAAUAUGUAAUAAGUAGACUGAGUGAAGCUCAAGAAUGUACAGAUUUAUCAAUUUGGGAACUCAUCAUGCAUGCGUGUUUAUAAUUUUGUAUUGUUUUAUAAUAAAAAUGAUAAUCAAUUUUG